AUGGGUUAUUAUGAUCCUUUACAGUAUCCUAUAUUGUUUCCGUUCGAAACUCACAGUUGGGACAUAGAAACAAAAACUAAUGUUGGAAAAAAUGUUACAUGCCGAGAAUUCGCCGUAAAAUCUGGUCGACUUUUACAACAGUAUGUUAUAGACAAUUAUGUAAAGAUUGAAACAGGAAGGUUGAGAUGGAACCGAAGAAAUCAAAAUGAUAUUCGGUCUGAGGUAUAUCAGAGGUUACAAGAUGCAUUGCACAAUGGGGAGAAUGACGCAGAUAAUGUCGGACAAAGAACAAUAUUGCCAUCGUCAUUUAUUGGCAGUAAGCGAGAUAUGACACAAAGAUACCAAUAUGGUAUGGCUAUUAUUCUUAACAAUGAUGAACAUAUUUUGUUAUCUUUUGAUGAGGUUAGGGGUGAUACCCAUAAUCUAUAUCAACAUGAAUACUUACACAAAAUUGCUCCUGGUACUUUACCACCACAUAUUUUAAAGAUAAAAUUAGGGAAUUUGCUUGAUGUUGAAAUACUUACAGGCCACAACACUGUAAAAAGAGCUUUCUUGCCAAGAAUUAAGCUCAAAACCACUGAUGGUGCGGGACUUCCUUUUGAGCUUAUUAGAAAACAAUUUCCUGUCAAACUAAGUUUUGCAAUUACUAUAAAUAAAUCACAAGGAAAAACAAUUCCAAAUGUCAUAAUUUAUCUUCCACGACAUGUUUUUAGUCACGGACAAUUAUAUGUUGCUUUAUCAAGAGGUGUUUCGCGGGCUACAACAAGAGUGCAAAUUAAAGACGGAAGAGUAGAGAUGGAAGAAGGGGAUUUUACCAAAAAUAUAGUUUUUAAAGAAAUUUUGUUGUCACAAACUCAUGUUUUUAUCUAUUAUGUUUAA